UGAGCCAGCUCCCCAGGCCUGGAGCACAGCUUUCACUGUCCCUGAGCGCCUGCCGGCCUUUCCCUUUGCAGAGCUUUUCCCAGGAUACCAGCAGCUCAAGGUUGUUUCGUUUGCCUACAUUGGAUCUCAGAACUGGGGGACCUUGAUCAAUCUUUGCUCAACCACUCAGGCUGAAGAAAGGUUCAGUGGUAACGUGGUGUCUAAAGUCACACAACUUUAAGGCCCGUGAUGGAUGCCCUGAGACUGGCAAAUUCAGCUUUUGCUGUUGACUUGUUCAAACAGCUAUGUGAGAAGGAGCCAGUGGAAAACGUCCUCUUCUCUCCAAUAUGUCUCUCGACUUCCCUGUCGCUUGCUCAAGUAGGUGCCAAAGGUGACACAGCAAAUGAAAUUGUUCAGGUUCUUCAUUUUGAAAAUGUCAAAGAUGUACCCUUUGGGUUUCAAACAGUCACUUCUGAUGUUAAUAAGCUCAGUUCCUUUUACUCUUUGAAGCUCAUCAAGCGACUCUACAUAGACAAAUCUCUGAACCCUUCUACAGAAUUUAUCAGUUCUACAAAAAGACCAUAUGCAAAAGAAUUGGAAACUGUCGACUUCAAAGAUAAACUGGAAGAAACAAGGGGCCAAAUUAACAGCUCUGUUAAGGAGCUCACAGAUGGUCACUUUGAGAACAUUUUAUCAGAGAACAGUAUAAGUGACCAGACUAAAGUCCUCGUGGUUAAUGCUGCCUACUUUGUUGGAAAGUGGAUGAAGAAAUUUCCUGAAUCAGAAACAAGAGAGUGUCCAUUCAGAGUCAACAAGACAGACACCAAACCGGUACAAAUGAUGAAUCUAGAGGCCACAUUCUGUUUGGGCAAUAUCGAUGACAUCAACUCUAAGAUCAUAGAACUCCCCUUCCUGAAUAAGCACCUCAGUAUGCUCAUCGUGCUACCCAAGGAUGUGGAGGAUGAGUCCACGGGCCUGGAAAAGAUUGAAAAACAACUCAACCCAGACACACUGUUGCAGUGGACCAACCCCAGCACCAUGGCCAAUGCCAAAGUCAAACUCUCCCUCCCAAAGUUUAAGGUGGAGAAGAUGAUUGAUCCCCAGGCUAGUCUGGAAAGCCUAGGGCUGAAAAGUCUCUUCAAUGAAAAUACAUCUGAUUUCUCUGGCAUGUCAGAGACCAAGGGAGUGGCCCUAUCCAAUGUGAUUCACAGCGUAUGCCUAGAAAUAAAUGAAGAUGGUGGCGAGUCCAUUGAGGUGCCAGGAUCUCGAAUCUUACAGCACAAGGAUGAAUUCAAUGCCGACCACCCAUUUAUCUAUAUCAUUAGACACAACAAAACACGAAACAUCAUUUUCUUUGGCAAAUUCUGUUCUCCUUAAGUGGCAGGGCUCUGCCAAGUCUCAGGUAGCUUGUCUGUAGUUGCAGAUCUCUGUAAACUUUGUAUGCAGGCAAUCAUUUUCUAUACAAUAAAUUGUUAAUUUUGCUGAAUCACGAGGCAUCUGGUAUUGUCAUAUGCAGCCUUCACAUUAACAGACACUUCUUUUCCAAUUCCUCCUUAUUUUCCUUUGUUAAAGAAAAUGGCACAUGUUUGUAAUGAAAGGGAAUUACCUUAGCAGAAAAUGUGUGUUCUUCAUUUGUCAAAGCAUCUAGAGCUAGUGACAAAAAUGCAGUUUCCACAAGGGGUUCCUGUAAGUAUGAUGUGGAGGGCAUUAUCCCCCAAACUUCACCUUUCCUCACUGAGAUAAAGAAUAAUUUCUGCCAACAUGUUCUAGACAUUUUCAUGCUUUUAAAGCCUUAAGAAACUCUAGAGUAUGGGGCCCAUAAGAGUAUCAUUUUCCAGUGAAAUUUCUGUACAUGUCAUAAUGCUGUGGGUUCAGAAGUCUUCAUGUUAAACCCCGAGAAACAUUUUUUCCCCAAGAGGAACAGUUUUUUUCAAGAUCCUAAUGGGAAACUUUAGAAAGAUGACAUGUUGUAGAUACCUUAUAUUAUGGAACUCUACAAAUAGGGUCUGGAAUAUCACCUUGUAACCCUCUCUCCCUUUUUUCCUUUUUUUUUCUAGACAGGGUUUCUCUGUAGUUUUGGAGCCUGUCCUGGGACUCACUCUGUAGACCAAGUGGGCCUCAAACUAAAAAAGAUCAGCCUGACUCUGCCUUCCAAGUACUGGGAUUAAAGGCAUGUGCUACCACCUUCCAGCUCACCCUGUAAACCAAUACUUUAAUAUUUCUGCCAAAAUAUAGACUAUUCACACAAAAUAGGUACAUAAAGAUAGUUCACAAGUGAUCACAUUUUUCCAAAAAAAGAGUAAGUUGUCAGCUCAUGGAAACACUUUGCAGAACAUUCUAGAUCAUGGAGUGUUGAAUAAAGAAUUCUGAGCCUAUUUUUUUUUUUUUUGCUAAAGACUAAGACCCUAGGGGAAAAGUCAUUGGCUUUCAUUUUUCUAGCUGCCCUGCCUGGUGGGUGGUGCUGUUACUAACAGACUUCUGACCAGAUCACAACGUUCUUGACAUCCCAGCACCAGCAACUUAAAAUCUACAGGGAAUCUCUUGUUAAGAGAGUUUUAUGGCUGUUGCAGGAACUUUCCAUUUUGUCUAACGUGACAGUGGGAAAAGGGAAGGGAUCCCAAACCUUCAGAAAAUACAAACAAAACUAUUUAAGUUCCCAUGAUGCUUUGGCAAAUUUUUUUUCCACAUCUAGCUAUUUGAUAGCAGUUUGUAAUCUACACACACAAAAUUCUAUAAAAUGAUUCUGGUAAGUUAGUUGUAUUGCCUAAUUUUUAACUCACCCCCAGAAGAAAGUAUUUGCUGUGGUCUUUCUUAUAUGCCUCCCCUUUUUAAUUCAUUGCUAUUUAUUGUAAAUAAGGUUCUUUUUCUUCUGAAGGCUUCAAUGGUGACUGUUUUUCUGUGUGCUGUUGACAAUAAAAUAUUAUUGAAUUGUG